AUGGCUCACGUUGAUCAUGUUACCGGGGUACCUGUCCCAUUCACUUCUCGUCUUUCUGAACCAAUCCAAGCUGGACAGACAUUGAAUGUUCAUGGAACAUUCAAUGCUGAAGCUACAAGAGUUACAAUCAACCUCUUACAAAAUGGACAUGAAAUUCCAAACUGUGAUGCCGCUUUCCACAUGAACAUUCGAUUCGAUGAGAAGAAGAUCGUUUUCAAUACCCUUAUCGGAGGAACUUGGGGCAAAGAAGAACGCGAGUCGAUUCCAUAUAAAAAGGGAGAUAAGUUCGACUUUAGAAUUCGUGUACUCGAAGAACAUUAUGAGAUUAGCGCUGAUGGAAAGAAGAUCCAUGAGUUCAAGCACCGUACUCCUUACAGCGCUGUCGAAUUUUUCCAAGUCCAGGGUGAUCUAUCUCUUGCUGGAGUUCACUGGGGAGGAAAGUUCUACAAUCUUCCAUGGACUACUGGAUUCCCACACAAUCAUUUGAGAGCCGGACAACGUAUCUACAUGUACGGAAUCCCCAAGGGUGAUAAGUGGAACUUGGACUUGCUCGGACAAAAUGGAGACAUUCUGCUCCAUUUCAACCCUCGUUUCAAGGAGAAAGCGAUCGUUCGUAACUCUCACCGCAACGGGUUCUGGGAUAAUGAAGAACGUGAGGGACAUUUUCCAUUCCACAAGAACGAAGGUUUUAGCUUGACUAUCGUCAACGAGCCAUACUCCAUUCAGCAUCGUACUGCCAACCCAUCAACUGAUUACGUUGGUCUCAGACUUGACGGUGAAGUGGAAGUAACUGGAAUUGAGUUCAGCCACCACUAA